GAAGCCAGUGGAGGGAUUGGUAGAGAGGGGUGGAGGACACUGAGUGGAGGCCAGUGGAGGGAUUGGCACAGAGGGGUGGAGGACACUGAGUGGAGGCCAGUGGAGGGAUUGGCAGAGAGGGGUGGAGGACACAUUGAGUGGAGGCCAGUGGAGGGAUUGGCAGAUGGGGGGGUGGAGGACACUGAGUGGAGGCCAGUGGAGGGAUUGGCAGGGGGGGUGGAGGACACUGAGUGGAGGCCAGUGGAGGGAUUGGCAGAGGGGGGUGGCAGAAGCGGCAGAGUGGAGCGGAUAGACUGAAGUGGGAUAGCCAGCGGCGAGGCAGGCCAGUGAGGAGGGAGUUGCAGUAGUCGAGUCGUGAUAUGAUGAGGGAGUGGAUGAGCUUUUUAGUGGUUUCUGGGAUUAGGAAAGUGCAGAUUUUGGCGAUGUUGCGGAGGUGGAGUCUGCAUGAGUUAGUUAGUGAUUGGACUUGGGGCUGGAAGGAUAGAUUGGAGUCAAGAAUGACGUCAAGUACUCUGGC